UUGCUCAUUUACGGCGGAGCGUCCGCGAGCCUCCGAGGCUGGAGGAACGGAAGUGGCCGUUCGCAGCUCCUACGAAGUUGGACAGAGGAUAACAGUUCUCGAGAUGGAUGGUGGAGGAUGGAUGUACAUUAAUGCCACUGAGAUGCACACUUAAAGGACUUAGGCCCUGCGACCUCUACCCGAGCUUUCUCAGCCAGCAGACGUCCAGCCGGCAGAAAUGCAAAUGGCCAGUACUCAUAUGGAAAAAUGUUCAAAUUGACGGCCUAGUAACGAGGAAACAUAUCCGGAGCCAACCCUGAAAUACUAUUUUCACAGAACCGAUGGCAGAGAGAGAAGAUGACACAAUCCUUCCAUAUUGCCCCGUGGGGUCCACCCCCCCAGACAUCAUACCUGCCCCGACCACAGGCGCUAGAAGUUUCGUUUUUCUAUGCCACUGGUUCUUAAACGUCGGCUCCAAGCCUGGGGUGAGGGCUGCUCCCUGCCUCACAUCAUCAACCUUGCAGAGUCUGUCAAGCACCCACUCUGCUCCAGCAAGGGGAAGCCUCCGAAAACGUUCAAGACACAGGCCCUACCUUCCAGCUCCUGGCUGGGCUGGCACUGCCCGCUGUGCCCCCCCAGUGGUGCCCUUCCAGGAAGUGUGGGGCCGCAGCUACUGCCGGGCGCUAGAGAGGCUGGUGGACAUCGUGUCGGAGUACCCCAGUGAGGUGCAGCACAUGUUCAGCCCCUCCUGCAUCUCCCUGCUGCGCUGCACCGGCUGCUGUGGUGAUGAGAACCUGCACUGCGUGCCCGUAGAGACGGUCAAUGUCACCAUGCAGCUCCUGAAGAUCCACUCUGAGGACCGGCCCUCCUACGUGGAGCUGACGUUCUCUCAGCACGUCCGUUGCGAGUGCAGGCCUCUGCGGGAGAAGAUGAAGCCAGAAAGCCACUUUGUCUUGACGCUUUUGGCUUAUUGCAGGAGGAGACCCAAGGGCAGGGGGAAGAGGAAGAGAGAGAAGCAGAGACCCAGAGACUGCCACCUGUGCGGCAAUACUGUUCCCCGGAGGUAACCAGCCCCUCAGAAGAGAGACAACCCCCACCCGGCUCCUGUAUUUAUUACCGUCACACUCUCAGUUACCUCCCUGCUGACACCUGCCCUCUAUUUAUUAGCCAAUUGUAUCCCUGCUGAAUGAUUUGCUUCCUCCAGGAUGAGGGGCAGGGAGGGACAGGACCCUCAGGAAUUCAGUGCCUUAAACAGAACGUGAGAGAAAGAAAGAAGGCAGCCACAGACCCAUGUGUGUUUCAGCUGCGGGAGAAGCGCGCAGACGCGGCUUUGUGAGGGGCACGCCAGGGCCCGGUGGGCUUCCCCGGAGCAGGAGACAGAAUGGGACCUGCCUCCUGUUCCGACCCUGGACCGCGUGGACCAACAGCGCUGGCUUUGGGAGCCCCUCGCCCCGGCAGGAGCAGAGGAGCCUGUUCUGUCGCCCGGGCCCAGGCUGGAGGGGAAGGCAUGCCGGGGAUGGAGGGGUCCUUCUGCGUCCUCCUCCUCCUCCUCUGGGCAGCAGCUCCGCACCCUGGAGAUCCGCCGACCCCAGAGAACGAUGCUUGCCUGGGGGCCUUUGCCACUCCUCGCGCCCUAGUCUGUCCUGACGUCUUGCACUGCUUCGUGCUGGGACAUUGUUCUUUACGGUCAAGGCAUCACCACCUGCCCCUCUCAGGGACACAAGCAAAGAGGCGGCCCUAGGCCGGACGUGGAGCAAGCCGCCCCUCGGUGGCUGUCCGGCUGCCAAGCCAGAUUCUCUUGAAUAAAGUAUUCUAGUCUGGA